UAGAGUUUAGACAGUGAGGAGAGCUCGGAGCAAGUAGGUCUCGGCGAGCGCUCCACCAAUGACCAGCUAAGAGAAAAACGCCCCACUGCUCCUCCGACUUAGAUCUGCGGGGGUGGGGAGUCCACAAGUUUGACUCUGGAUUUAGGGAAACCAUGGGAUUCGAGUUGGACCGCUUCAAGGGGACUGUGGACCCGGAUUUCAAAUGCAACUUGUGCAAUAAAGUCCUGGAGGACCCGCUGACGACUCCGUGCGGUCACGUCUUCUGCUCCGGCUGCGUGCUGCCCUGGGUCGUCCAGCAGAGCAGCUGCCCGGUCAAAUGUCAGCGGAUCUCCACCAAAGAGCUGAACCACGUCCUGCCUCUAAAGAACCUCAUCCUGAAGCUGGAGAUUAAAUGCGAUAACCAUGCGAGGGGCUGCGAUGCCGUGGUGAAGCUGCAGCAUCUGGCCGAGCACGCCGAGAUGUGCGACUACUCCCCGGCGAAGUGCAGGAACAGAGGAUGCAGCGAGGUGCUCAACCUGCGGGACGUGGAUGCUCACAUGCGGGAGACGUGCGACUACAGACCGGUGGGGGUUUGCGAGAGCGGCUGCGGGCUGAUGCUCACCCAAAAGGAGCAGAAAUCAAAUGGCCACUGCUGCCUGAGAGCCCUGAAGGCGCACAACAGCGCGCUGCAGUGCAGAAUGAUCAUCCUGGAUAGGGAGUUCAAGAAGCAGACCAUAGAAGCCAACAAGAGGGAGAAGGCUCUCCUGGCACAACUUUCCGCCGUGCACAGCGAGCUGCAGAUGACAGCGCUCAAGUAUCAGAAGAAAUUCACAGAGUACAGCGAGAGGAUCGACUCCCUCACCAAGACCGUGGCUUUCUCCUGCAAGGAAGGCGAGACUAAAAGCGUGACCGUUGUCCUUCUUCGUGAGGGCGGCUCUCUGGGUUUUAACAUCAUAGGAGGAAGGCCAUGCGUGGACGACAACGACAGCACUUCGAAUGAAGGAAUCUUUGUGUCCAAGAUUGUGGCGAAAGGUCCAGCAGACAAAGAGGGAGGCCUUCAGAUCCACGACAGAAUAAUAGAGGUCAAUGGAAAGGACCUCUCAAAGGCCACACACGACCAGGCGGUGGAGGCCUUCCGCACCGCCAAGGAACCCAUCGUGGUCCAGGUUCUGCGUCGGGCCCCUUACCCCAAAGUGGCCAACCCUGCCGUUGACACCCAAGUCACAGACAUCAGCACCCAGACGGACAUCACCCUCCAGCACAUUAUGGCCCUCACCAAUCUGCCCCCCUCUUCACCUCCAAUCUCGGAGCUGGAGGAGUAUCUGCUUCCAGAGGAGCAUCCUCCUGGGCACGUGUACUUUGACCCUGAUUUCCUUGAGGGUAUACAGCAGGACAUAGAGCGGGAGGAGCUGGAAUAUGAGGAGGUGGAUUUGUACAGAGACAACAUUCAAGACAAGCUCGGCCUGACUAUCUGUUACAGGACUGACGAUGAGGAUGAGGCUGGGAUCUACAUUAGUGAGAUUGAUCCAAACAGCAUUGCGGCAAAAGAUGGCAGAAUUAGAGAAGGUGACAAAAUCAUACAGAUCAACGGUGUUGAGAUCCAAAAUCGAGAGGAUGCCGUGGCGCUGCUAACCAGUGAGAGCAACCAGAACAUCUCCCUGCUGGUGGCCAGGCCAGAGAUCCAGCUGGAUGAGGGCUGGAUGGAUGAUGACAGGAACGACUUCCUGGAUGACCUCCACAUGGAUAUGCUGGAGCAGCAGCAUCAUCAGGCCAUGCAGUUCACUGCCAGCAUGCUGCAGCAGAAGAAGCACGAGGAGGAUGGGGGGACCACAGAUACAGCCACACUGCUCUCUAACCAUCACGAGAAGGACAGCGGCGUCGGCCGCACCGACGAGAGCACGCGAAACGACGAGAGCUCUGAGCAGGAGAACCUCGGCGAUGACCAGACCACGGCCUCCAACACGCUGGGCAGCUGCAGAAAGCUGACCUACAGCCAGGACACGCUCGGCAGCACCGACCUGCCCUUCAGCAGCGAGUCGUUCAUGUCGGUCGACUACGCCGACGCCGACUUCCUGGGCAUUCCGGUUGACGAGUGCGAGCGCUUCAGGGAACUCCUGGAGCUUAAGUGCCAGAUGAGGAGCAGUGGAGCCCAGAGCCUCUAUGGGCAGGGCGGUGGAGCGGUGGGUCAGGACCAGGAGGGUGUGGACAAGGAGCUUGAGAUGCUCAAUGAAGAGCUGCGCACCAUAGAGCUGGAGUGCCUGAACAUCGUCCGCGCCCACAAGAUGCAGCAGCUGAGGGAGCAGUGCCGUGAAUCCUGGAUGCUGCACAACAGCGGCUUCCGCAACUAUAACACUAGCAUAGAUGCUCGCCGCCACGAGCUGUCAGACAUCACGGAGCUGCCAGAGAAGUCUGACAAGGACAGCUCCAGUGCCUACAACACUGGUGAGAGCUGCCGCAGCACUCCUCUGACUCUGGAACUGUCUCCAGAUAAUUCACUCCGUAGAGUAGCAGAAAACCAAGCUGGGCCGUCGGGCUCCAGCAGCUCCAGCAGCAGGAUGCUGAAGCCCCUCCUGUCUCCUGUGCAGGAAGCUUGCAGCCCGAGCCGGAGCAGAAGCUCAUCCAAGGAUCCAGACGGAGCACUGCAGGCAGAGGGCAAAGAGAGAAAGCUCGGAGAGUCUAGUAAGAGCGGGCGAGGCUUCUCUCAGCCGCACUCACCUUACAAGCACGCUCACAUCCCCGCCCAUGCCCAGCACUACCAGAGCUACAUGCAGCUGAUCCAGCAGAAGUCAGCUGUAGAGUACGCUCAGAGCCAGAUGAGCCUGGUCAGCAUGUGUCGGGAUCCCAUUACCCCCAGCGACCUGGAGCCUAAGAUGGAGUGGAAGGUGAAGAUCCGCAGCGACGGCACACGUUACAUCACCAAGAGGCCCGUCCGGGAUAAGCUGCUGAGGGAACGCGCCCUCCGGAUUCACGAGGAGCGCAGCGGUAUGACCACAGAUGACGAUGCCAUAAGCGAGCUGAAGAUGGGCCGCUACUGGAGCAAGGAAGAGAGGAAGCAGCACGCGGUGCGUGCCAAGGAGCAGAGGCAGCGCCGUGAGUUCAUGAAGCAGAGCCGAGCCGACUGUCUGAAGGAGCAGGCCACCCUGGAGGACAAAAAGGAGCCGAACAUCAUCGAACUCAGCCACAAAAAGAUGAUGAAAAAGAGGAAUAAGAAAAUAUUUGACAACUGGAUGACCAUUCAGGAACUUCUCACCCAUGGUACCAAGUCACCAGAUGGCACGAGGGUGUACAACUCCCUCCUGUCUGUGACUACGGUCUAAGUCCUGUUCAGGCCUGCUAGAGGAGAAGAGACUUGAGUGUAAUGGUCUGUACAUAGGACUCUAACAGCUGGGGUACAGAUUCCUGCCUCGUUCAAGGUGGCAACACAUGUAAAUAGGAAAUAAACACCUUUUCUGUGUGAGCAUUUUCCCCACUGCAGUGAAAAGAGGGCUCCUAAAACAAUGGUUGGACCUCGAGUGAGUCGGAUUAGGAGACCGUGUACAAGGAAGAUUUUGGAAGCAUAAUUCAAUAAUCUUUUCUACCUUUGUGCCUGCUUUUUUUUGAAGAUUUUUUUGAAACACAAAUACAAUAUUUGACUUUUUGGAAGGUUUUGAAAGUGUGUAAAGACAGUGUGCCAUACAUUAAAAAGCCAGCAUUUACACUAUUUUACAUUAUUUUGUUCGUACUAUAUAUCUCUUCAGUAUUUUUGCUGUAAUGUGUACGUAAUGCUUUUACCAAAACAAUGCUAUUUUCCUGCGAGGUCAAACACUUAACCUUUUCAAAAGGACUUUUUGUAAAUUUAAAAAAAAAAUCCAACUUUUGUAUCAAAUUCACUUUGUUGUUUUGCUUUCCCUUGAAUGGUGCUGAUCUCCCAAAGUUUAAAGCCACCAGCGAUGUACCAUCUGUUACAUAAUGUAGAGAACAUCAUAACGUGAUAUCACCAUGUAUGUACGUAUAUUUAGAGAAAGACAUUUCUCACGUUGCUGAAACUGAAAUGUCUGUUUGUUCAAGCACACACUGUAGUUGCUUUGGUAGGGUUUCAUGUAUUGGUCAGAAUAACAGCUUAAGCAAAUCUUUAGUUAACCACCCAAUUUGAUGUCUUGUAAAAUGAGAGAAAUAAUAAAUUAUUGUUUUAUAUAUGA